AUGCCAAAGCUUCCGAAGCCCGGCCCUUCCGAGCAGACCAACCUCUCCUUCGCUCACACCGCUCGCCCUCCGCCUGCGGCCGCCGCCCUCCCGGCUCGCGCACCCUCUCCCUCUCCCCCUCCUGGGCCGGCCGUCCUCCCCGGUGCCGAUGAUGACGACGAGGAAGAGGAGGAGGCUGGCCCAGCUGCUGCCCUGGCCGGAAGACCACCCUCCCGCAUGCUGCAAGAACUCCGUGUGGUGACGCGCGCAAUGGCGUCACAGACAUGGAGACAGCUGCGGGACGGGUAUCAGUCUCGGUCAGGAGCAGUGGUUGGGCCAGCUGUGAGGAAUGAGAAGGGCUGUCUUGUGGCAGCAAAGACUGCCAAUCGCAGCGUGAGUGGAUUUCUCCCAAACUGCAUGGACAACGAUGAGCUGACUGCAACAGGACAACGAUUAUGUGCAGAUAACCCCCGUCGGCUUCCCGGCUUCGUCGAGAACCGGUCCCAAACCCUUCCACAAAGUGGACAUCGCCUGGCCGUCGUUGCCCACAAGACAGAUGCUGAGGUGCAACUUCUCCUCAGCGACGACGGCCAGUACGCCAGCCACCGCUGCCACGGACCCUUGUGCAUCGAGCCGGCACACAUUUGCGUCGAGUCCAAGCGAGACAAUGAAGACCGCAAGAUGUGCAAGGGGCGCCUGUUGGUGCGGACAAUCAUGGCUGGCGUGGAAUACGAUCUGCAUCCACGCCCAUGUCCACACAAUCCUCCCUGCAUCGAAGAUGUAGAGGAGCGUGUGGCGGUUGCACGCGUGUAG